AGAGAGAGAGGCACAUGCUGAAGGAGCUCCAGCUCCUCCUGUUGGCCAUCCUGCUGCUUUCCUGGGGCUUCCUCUAUCAGCUCACCCUGAAGUGCAGCUGCCUCUUCUCCUGCCUGGCCCCCAACAAGUCCCAGCAGGGGCUGGGAGCCCUCCUGGGCCAGGGGCCCAGCAUUGUGUUCCUAGAGACCUCUGAGAGAAUGGAGCCUCCCCCGCUGGUCUCCUGCGCUGUGGAGUCGGCUGCCAAGGUUUAUCCUGAGCAGCUGGCGGUGUUGUUUAUGAAGGGUCUCAGUCAUUCCCUGCAGAUGCCUCCAAACUCCACCUCCCCAGCCUUUUCCCUCCUCUCAACAAUAGACAGUUUCCUCUUCCUUUUGGAUAUGAAAAGGCUGUUUGAAGACACACCAUUGUUUCCAUGGUACACUCAAAUCAAUGGCAGUGCACAGAGAAAGUGGUUGCAGGUCAGCUCAGAUGGGGUCCGACUGGCCAUCAUCUGGAAUGUGGACAGCGAAGUCAUCUCGGUCAGGCCCAUCCCCCAGGAGAACUUUUUGGCUGCACAGGCUUUUCAGUUCGCUAGUAGUGACGUGUUUGGAUUCCUCCCCCCGCACACCUUCCUGUGGGAGUGCAUGGAGAACUUUGUUGAACACUACAACUCUCACAUUUGGGGCAACCAGGGACCUGAUUUGAUGACAAGGAUGUUGAGACUGUGGUGCAAACUUGAAGACUUUCAGGGGAUAAGUGACCUCAGGUGUUCGAACUUGUCCUUUCUACAUCCCCAAAGAUUUUACCCCAUCUCCUACCCAGAGUGGAGGCGCUACUAUGAAGUCUGGGACACACACCCCAGCUUCAAUGACUCUUAUGCCCUGCAUCUGUGGAACUACAUGAACCAGGAAGGGAGGGAUGUGGUUACAGGCAGCUACACACUGGCGGAGAAUCUUUACCGAAAGCACUGUCCCAAGACCUAAAGGGAUCUGAUUCAAGGUCCCCCAGGCUUGGUGACUGGGGAGUUGGGUCCAGGGAACAAAUAGAGCCAAUGUUGGUUCAUUGCUGCUACAUCAGGACACUAAGCACUGCCUGGGGAGCCAUGCUUUCCCUUGAUCACCACUCUCCCCUGGAUGUGGGGUCUUAACUACAAGUCAUUUACAAUUAGCUUCCCCUGCCUGACAUAGACAAGUCCCAGAGAACUUUGGCCUGAUUCUGUGUCAGGCAUUGACCCUGGUGCCACCAAGUUGUUUGUGUGUGCUAUGGCAGAGGUGGCACCUCAGAAGGUGACAGCUCCCCAGGGCAAUGUGAUCUAGUCCUCUAUCAACUCUUGGUCUCCUUGGGACGUGGAACAGAGCCUGGCACACGGCAGUGCUCCAGAACUCUCAAGCGUAGUGCGUGGCAGGUCUGUGUCAGCUGAGGCUGGAGUCUCUUUGGCCUCACGGACAAGGAAGACUGGGGUGCAUGUCAAAUCCACUUUCUCACAACAGUCCUGCAAAAGUGGGCACUACACUUACAUAUGGGGAGAUAGAGGCUGGUGGAGAUGGCAAACACAAACAGGCAUCCUCACAGUUACUUUCUGCACACUUCAGGGAUAAGUUGGGAUGAGAGCAGGGAAGCAAAGGUUCCCCACAGAUUUCCCACUGGACUGAACUUGGAGGACACUCCCUGACUUUCAGAGCCUGGGAUGAGCCUAGGGAUGCUUUAGCUAAGUGAGUUCUCAGAAUGACUUUGCUCAAUAGAGUUUAUUUUUCCCACUUUAGAAAGAGGUUAAGUGACUUUCCCAGGGUUGCACAACUUGGGAAUAUGGAAUGUAAAUGAAUCUUUUACUCCAGAGCUCAGGCUGUUCUCUCCCCUGCAGUGAGCAGGAGGAAUCCCUGGAGAGAAAAGCAUGCCCUGACUCUGAAAGGAGGAGAAACAGAUGCCCCAUGAGGGCAGAUGCCCAAAGACCUUCCUACUUUGUCCUGGUCUCCGUCCCACAGGUUUUUUUAAGUUUAAAAAAUUGUGAUAAAAUGUACACACUAUAACAGUUGCCAUUUUAACCAUUUAAAGUGUGUAAUUCAGUGGCAUUAAGUACAUUCACAUUGUUGUGCAAACACCACCACUAUCUGCCUCUAGAACUUUUGUAUCACCCUGAAGUGAAGUUCUGUGUCAUUAAACACUAACCCCCCAUUCCCUGCCCACCCUUUUCUCAGCCCUGGUAACCACUCUUGUAGUUUCCAGAAUAUCUCUAUGGGUUCCACUAUUUUAGGGAUGAUGUAUGAGGGAAAUCAUGUAACAUGUUUCAGAAUGCCAUUCCUUUUUAAUUAAAUAAUAUUCCUUUGUAUGUAUGUGCCGCACUUUUGAAUCCAUUCAUAUGUCGAUGGACACUUGGGUUGCUUUCACCUUUUGGGUAUUGCAGAUAAUGCUGUUAUAAACUUGUACAUGCAAAUA